GGCCAUCUUUCAAUUUAAUUUUAUAACUUAAUUUAUACAGAAUAUUGUAUGAAAAUUUAAAUCUAAAAAGACAUAUAUAAGAAUACAUACGUUUUACAACACCCACGGGCAGAAAUUAGGAAAAAAGUGUGCCUAUUCUAAGCUACGCUCCAAAAAACCGCCUUUUCCCAGAGAACGCGUCAUAUGACGUAAGGACAGGCAAACAUAGGCGCUGCCGCCCUCGUUCUCAGUGUGGGUUUACGUAGUCUGAGAGGUGGAAACAGAAAAUAGAGAUUGUCGUUAUCGUUAUUAUAGUUAUAGUAGGUUUGAGUUGUCACAAUGGUGAAUUCUUGUGUUUGUUUUGGAUGCAACAACUCCAACUUGUCUGGCCAUCGGGUCCACCGAUUUCCAAACAAGAAACACAAAGAUUUCCGUGCUUGGAUACGUUUCGUCCAGGCAAAGAGAAGCAAUUUCGCUGCCUCCUCGUUGACAAGACACACGGUGGUAUGUGAAAAACACUUCACACAGGACAGCUACAACCAAGGAGAUCUUAUGGAAUUUCGCAUGGGAUUUCGACGAAAAGAGUGGGUUAGGCUGGCAAAUGGAGCUGUGCCAUCGGUGCAUGCAAGUCCACCUGCAAAAUCUGGCGGGAGUGAAGAGUCUAACGUUAAUGUUAGCACUAGGAGAGAAUCUGCGCGUCGAAAACGGGAGCUUUGCACAAUUUUGGGAGAGAGUGCUGCCAGCAAAGACGGGGCGGGUGCAACUGCCACUUCAGAUCCUGAAGAUGAUGGAGAUGGAGACAUCUCUACAGUGGACCCUGAGCCAGAAGUGGUCCAUCGUGGAUCACAGUGCAACAUAAGAUGUUUACAUCGUUCUUUAGGUGUUCAGGUAAAGCCUCAGAUGGUGGAUGUGGGGACUCAAACCGAAAGGUUUGAGCAUCGCAGAUCAACUCCACUGGCCAGUCCUGAACAAAGUGAUGAUGAAUGGUCAUUUUCUGAUAUCAUCAAUCAUUCUGGUGAUAUGUCAUGGAGUCCAGGGGAGGAGAUGUUGAGCGAGUCCUCUGAGGAGGAACCAGAAGAGCUGGAAGCUCUCAGUGACCCAAAUGCUGUUGACAAGUUCAUUGUUUGCCAGAGGCAGUUGCUGUCCUUGUUCACGGUUUGCUCUGCAUGCUGCGGGGAAACCCAGGGACACAUAAUGCACCCGGAAGGAACUUUCAUAAAAGUCAAGCAGGCCUGCGGAACUUGUGGUUAUGAGCGUUACUGGCAAAACCAAGAGAAGGUGCAUCGAAACAUGCCUGCCUGCAACCUUUUACUCAGCGGUGCCAUCCACUUCUCAGGUUGCAUGGCUACUCAGACAAUCAGGAUGCUGAAGCUGUUUGGACUGCAGUGCAUAAGUCCCGGGACUUUUUUUCCGCCAUCAGCGCUAUUACACUAUCCCUACCAUCGUGCAGGCCUGGAGGACUGAGCAGAGGGGGAUCAUCAGGGAGUUGAAGGAGACUGGGGGUGGAUUGAUCCUGUCUGGUGACUGCAGAUCAGAUUCUCCUGGACACUGUGCCAAAUAUGGUAGCUACUCCUUGAUUGAGGAUCGAAUUAACAAAGUUUUGGAUGUUCAGCUUGUCCAAAGCUCAGAAGUCCCAAGCAGCUCUUGGUGUGAGCUAGAGGGUCUAAAGCGAAGUAUGCAGUUCCUGAUGGACCAAGACAUGCAAGUAUCUGCUCUGAUAACAGACAGAAAUCGGCAGGUGGCCAAGUGGGUACGUGAGAAAAUGUGUUCAGAAGGAACAAGGCAUUUCUUUGACGUCUGGCAUAUUGGGAAAAGUGUACAGAAAGCACUGGAUGCUGCUGCAAAAGAGAGGGACUGUGAGGAUCUGAAGCUGUGGAGGCCAGCCAUCAUCAACCAUCUCUACUGGACCGCAGCUUCCACCCCUACAGGAGAUCCAGAUGAGAUGCAGGCAAAAUGGCAGAGUAUGAUAAAUCAUGUACAGGACAUACAUGAACACAGCACUCCUGCAUUUACCAGCUGCGCACAUCCACCGUUGGAAGGAGAGGCAAGAAACAAGGAGUGGCUGGAACCAGGAUCACCAGCAGCCACUAAACUGGAGAGUGUAGCUGCCAGGAAAGCACUGGUAAAGGAUAUUCGACAAUUGUCACCUCAGCAUCAGACAUUCUCCCUGGAGGCCUACCAUUCCCUCAUUCUGCACUUUGCUCCCAAACACACUGGCUUUUCUUUUCUUGGGAUGUACAGCAGACUUCUCUUGGCAGCCCUACAUUUCAAUAGUAAUGGCAACCGAGAUGUAGCGCGAACUAGUGAGGGUGAGGGACGCUACGCUGUUCGCUACCCACGGUUUCGGAAAGGUGGCUGGGUAGUCCACCCCAUCAAGGAGAAACCAUCUUACGGAUACGCAACAAAUCUUAUGGUCUCUCUGGUAGAGGAAUACUGCAAGUCACCACAGGCCCUACAAGAAAGCAGUGCCGUCUUGUCCUCUGCUGCACCGCCCCCCCUCACCUCUUCCCUCCAGAAGGUUGCCAAGGAUGAGGCAGUCAGCCUCCAUCUCGCACGACACUCACGUUUUAACAUGUAAUAAAAGAUCAAUUUUAACAGUACAGUUUGUUUCACUGUGGAUUUAUUAAUCAUCUUCCAAGCGGGGCCACUGGAAACCUUUGUAUGUCUGUCCCUCCUCUGCAAACUGCCUCCUUAUUUCUGACACAACACAUGAAGGUAUGGCUUUUCUAAUGUUCCUGCCUAGUAUUCCGUACGCCCAGCGGACAACCUGCCUGUAUGCUGUGUAUCGGAACUGCCUGUGGUGGAGAUUGGGACAUAAUUACAUUUUGAUCAUACCAUGUUUUCAUAGUAAACAAUUCCAAUGGUAAAUAUUGCAUGUCCUGUUGGCUGAUAUUCUACUGUACUACACAACACCAAAGUUGUUUUUAUAGUAAGUAUAUGGAAACCACUGAGUUAAAAACCUGCUUAACAGGAUUUACUAUUUUGGUGUAGAAAAGCUGUUUCUUUGAAUUGCAGUGUGAAAUAAUUUUUGCUCAAAACCUACUCUGGUCUGCUGGCUUGAAGAGGGCCAUGCUCUUGUCUGAAGUUCAUGUAUGCUAUCUGCAGCACAAAAGGAUUCAGACAGGAUGCUUCAAACCCUGGAUGGAGUGUGAGGCAGGUAAUGUCUUCUGGGGGAUCUAGGUUUUGGACAAGAGACCAAUAGGCGUCGACCUCCCUACAGCACACACUCUCCACUGCAGAUGGCAUAGCCUCACAUCUACCACACAAGCACCUGUUAAACAAAUGUGCUAAGAUAAACUCACUCUCCUUCCCUCCUUGUAGCUCUAGUGGUUGGUGUAAGACCUUGUAAGAAACGACAUGUAGACUACUUACUUCCUAAAACUUAGGUAAAUAUGCACUGUAAAAAGACACACCCCCUGUACAGUAUAGGCUGUCAAUUAGAUGCAUUUAUCUGCAUGCCUUACAACCAGUAUCCCUCCACGUGACAAUAAAACAUCCUUGUAACAGUGACUAUUUACAUGAACAGCAUAUUCCCGUCCUAGCCGGAACACUAACUGCUUUCAUACACGUACUCCGCAGAACAUGUGAGCUCAUUUACAUAAUGUCCAUCGGAAAUACUAAGAGGUGAGUAGUAUAACAGCCGACUAAGUUCGGAAUUCAAGCUGGCCGGUUAUGUUGUGCAGAUAUACGGCCCAAACGCUUGACAUCUGCAGAAGCAGAACAUGCGGACACCUAGGUCUGAAAGCAGUUACUGAUUAAAAAUCAGCUAGCAAUUUCUAAAAAAUUUCACGAUAAACUAUGUUGUGCAGAAAUGCACAGAAUUUCUAUCACAGAUGUAAGCUAUAGCCUACACCCUACAGCAUUCAUUUAAAAUCUGGGAUCUAAAUUAAUUAUUUAAGACAUGCUGCUGGCAUAGAUGGUGACAAUCUACAUGGAUGCUUGAAAAACAACAAAGUCGACAGCAAUAUUGCUAAAUAUGAUUUAUUAAAGAUACUGCAAUGUGAUAAACAUGGAGAGAACGUUAGCCACAAUUAGCCUGUGGUCACUCACCAAGAAACCUGCCCAAUUCUCAACCGAUUCUCCUCACACCACAACUCUAUCUCUCGCCUCUGUCCAUUUACCCUUCCCCUUAACUCUGCCUGACCCCUCUCUCGCCUAGGCGGCUCGUAAUUAUACGGCAAUGGCCCAUCGUAAGAGCUGACAUUUAUCCCUGCUGCAACCUCUUCACUGUCUGACUCCAUUACGAAGAGACGAUGUUUACCUGCCGUUGCGUCACUUCCGAUCAGAGCGUUUUUCACAACGGAAGUAAUUUUAUUCACAAUUUCUUUAAAAAAACUGUUUUAAUGCACAUUUAUGAUUCAUUUCUUC